ACUUCGACACCGAACCGAAGGCUUACCCGCGUUGUCCCUGUAGGUGUGCUAGGGAAGGUGUGUGUGCGUGAUUGGCGAAAUAGUACUAAGCAGCCGGGUCGCAAAUAUCUGCACAGGCACAAUGCGAUGCGGGUUCUAAUUUUAGCAUUUUUAGUUCGGUUCACUCGGUGGCUAUUACGCGUCUAGUCGCAACACGACCUGGUGCGAUGGAAUCGUUAAGUGCAGAAACUCGAGGCGAAAUCUAUGAGAAGCUGUGGACUCGGAUGCCCCGGUUGAAUCCCGGUCCGAUGGGCAGUUUUCGGAUCGACGAUUUCAUCAGUCUUAUCAAGCGGUAUCCCAUCAUUUACAAUCGAGUGGAUAAGCACAACAAGCAGGAAUAUUCGGAUACAUGGGAUCACCUAGAGGCCAUACUGAAAACGCCAAAAAAGUUUCUCAUGAUGAAAUGGAAGGGCCUUCGUGACAAUUUUCGAGUAGAGCUGAAGAAGGAAUUCUUCUCCCCACCAGAGAACCGCUACAUUUCCAAAUGGGUUCACUACAAAAAAUUAUUGUUUCUGAAGGAACAGGUUCUGCUCACCCUGGAUCAGAAGCUGGAAAGCGAUAGUCACGACGAGUUGAACCAGAUUAUGCAGUUUGUUCAGAAUGCUACCCAAGAGCAUACGCCCGCGGUCAGCACUGAACGUGUCAGCGAACAUUCCUACGCUAAUGGUGAUCAGGAUCUUCGAGAACUGAUAAAAAUCAAGGAGGAACGUGAUGAUUCAGAUGACGCACAUGAUACGGCUGAUGAGGCUGAUUAUUCUUUCAGUCAUUUUCACGAACCAGAAAAUGCAUACCUGCCAGGGGUGGCCAAAGUCAAUCCUCUUCCGGAGAUUACCAUCACUCCGAAAAUUAUUUCACCAUCAAUCAAUACCAACGAUUCGAUCAACCUGCGACGUAAAAGACACUCCGAGGAAUCUCUGGACUCGCACGCCGUCCCGGCGAAAAGACAGCUCAAACAAUUCGGAGUUCCACACGACGAUGAUUACCAUUUUUUGAUGAGCAUUCAUCCCUACCUGAAGCAGUUGCCAUUACCGGUUAAGCUCAAAGUCCGACUACAGAUGCAACAGGUCCUGUUCAAUGAACUGAUGAAGCAACCAAUCGCCAGCGAGGAAGAUUAGUUGGUAUCUAAGACCUAAAUUUUCUAUAGGUUAAGCUGUGCCAAAGAAAGGCACAAACCGAUGCCAAAUGCGUUUUAUGAUCUCUAUGGAAUAAUUACUAAGCUAGGUUAAAAUAAAUAAAAUAACGUUGAAAUUUA